AAAAAGUACACUGUCGAUAUCAUCAAUCGCUAUACACAUAUCGAAAUACGCUUUUACGAUUGCAAGGAAACUUGUUUACAAAUUCGUAAGUGAAUCAUAGAAGCUAUUGAAAAAAGCAGCAAAGAUCUCAAAGUUGACGAUGAUUAUAUUUUUGCAUUCAAAUGCUCCAUGGAUGAACAAUGUUACUGCAUUGUCCACAAUAAAUCUUCUGCCAGUUGUACUCAUUGCCGAUCGCAAUGUAAAGUAUUAGAAAGUGAUGAUAGCUACAGAUGUUGGUUUAGGGAUCAAUUGGCCAGCUCUGCAGGACCUGCUGAGAAUGACAAGGGAACACAAAUAAAACUAGAUAAUGAUCAGUCACCAGAUGAAAGCCCCCUAUUAGUCAAGAAGCCAGAAACAGAUGAUCUCAUGAAGUUAUUUAUUGAUUCUGCUGCCCAUUAUAUGAUAAUUGGCAUUGGAUUGUCUGUCAAUGUGACUGACCUCACUCCUCUUCCUCAUCUAACCAUACUCAAUCUCAUUCAAGUGUUCCAGAGGUGGAGUGACUCCAAUAAUGAUGUCACUUGGGCUAAGAUUCUAAAAGUCUGUCAAGAUUUCCCUAAUCAGCUUGGAAAAGCAGAAGCUGACAUCAACAAGUUCCUUUUGUCACCUGAAGCUCGUGAUAAGUAUUUAAAAUGAUUCAUUUUUAUGCAUUUUGCCUUAUCUUCCACAUUGACUAUUACUAUAACAUUGAUUAUCGUUACUAUUAUCAUUAUUAUUAAUCUGAUGUGGAGAGAUUCCUGUCAUCAGAUAGAGCCUGUAGAAAAUAUAAAUAACAAUGAAAAUAUAAAUAACAAUGCAUUGCCAUUGACUUUUAAUUGAAUUCAUACAUACGUAAUACUUUAAUGCACUAUACAUGACAUGCAUACAUUAUACUGAUCGAUAUUGUUACUGUGACUAUUAGUAUUAGUAUUAU